AUGGCUGCAGACCUCCCAGAUUUUAUGACUGACCCCAAUGCUGUGCUCAAGGACACCGAGCAUGAAUGGCGUUAUAAGCGUGUUCCCGAUUACAAAAAGGUGAAUGAAGCUUAUGAAAAAGAAAAAUCCGUUGAACAUGAAGAGGGUUCAUUGUCAUGGCUCGUAUCCAAUCUUGUCAAGAAUUGGGAAAAGGAAAUGUCCUACAAGUUGCGUGCCGACCAGAUCCGUACUAUCAACCAAGAAAAGUAUCGUUUCAGUGUCAAUGGCGGUGAAUGGCAUACGGUGGAUGAGAUGCUUGAGAUCGGCACUUACAAUGCCCUCAUUGGUGAUACCGAAUUGUACAAGGCCAGCGAAGCCGAUUUCAGUGAGUCGCACAAGCUCUUUAAGCGCGCCUUGCGUACCUUUUCUUGGGAAGUCCUUGAAGUUUAUAGUGGUCCACCCACUGUGGCCUUCAAAUGGCGCCACUGGGGUACGAUGGUAGGUGAUUUGUCUGUGAACCUUGGCAAUGGUGAAAAGUUGGAAGCUACCGCCACCAACGAGGUGGUUGAAACAUUUGGCGUUACCGUGGCCAAGGUCAAUGAAAAGUUUGAGAUUGAAUCGCUUGAAACCUUUUAUGACCCCUCUCAAUUGAUGCGUCAAAUGGCAAAGAACCGCAAGGACAAUGGCAACAAUGAUGCCACCUCGGGUGCUCCCAAAUGCCCCUUUGCUCCCAAAUAA